UAAAAGCUUAACAAACCCUGAGGCGUGCAUAAUUAUGGAUUUAUGAUUUUUUUUAUUUUAUUUUAGUGUGUGUAUGGAUUUACGUCAUAGAAUUUUAAGGAUAUUAAUACUCGUACCGAUGAACAACGAAGAAAACGUGCUACUCAAUAUAACUUGUGCGAACAAUUCGUGUUGAGUUUUCUUUGAUGAAGCUUGCUGAUUAUUAAAGAAGCAGCUGUAAUAUUACUUUUAUUGCUCUUUCGUAACAGAAUGUUUUUUGAAUAAGUUUUCAAAUGUGUUGUUUUCACAUUUGGAGCUUAAGCGAAGGGAAUAAAGCAGAUAUAUCUGGUACAAGAGAGAGAGAGACAGAGAGAUGUAUAUUUUGACACCAGAUGGCACAGGCAUUACUGUAAACAUGAGAACGUCUACGAUAAAACUUCCUCAACAGUUACCACUUUUGGUGAUCGAUAAAGUUUUAUUUCCUGGAGCUUCAAUUCGAAUUUCUGUUGUCUCUUAUAGAAACCUCAGCUUAGUAAAGAACCAUUUGUUAAGUAGGAAUACAUUAAGCAGUGCUAUUAUUGGGAUCGUACCUCGUGAACCAGGGAGUGAUGAAGAGGAGGAUGUGUCAGCAAUGCAUCGUAUUGGUACUGCUGGAAUAGUGGUGCAAGUAACUGGAACUAAUUGGCCUAAGGUUGCUUAUACUCUUUUAGUUACCGGACUUUGUCGUUUCAGACUAGAAGGCUUGGUACAAGAAUCUCCAUAUCUUAUGGGUUCUGUUUUUCAGCUGGACAAACUUCCGGGAGAAGAAAUAGGUGGGUUUAAACAAAGCCAGAAACUAAGCUUCAUUUUUAUUUUUCUGAAUUCACGUCUGCUUGGAUCCCUACCUGUUCAGAGCUUGCUUGAUGUUUGUGCUUCCAUUGUACGUGCCACACAGGAAGAGCGACUUGAUAUAUUGGAUACAGUUGACAUUGCUGAAAGGUUACGCAAGAUACUUCCACUUUUGUUACGUCAGAUUGAGGACCCUAGUGCAGACAUACAGUUCUAUAUUGUGGAGAGCAAUAUGUUGGCUAGAA